AUGAUGACUGACAUUGGAGAAGCUGCUGCUGCUAAAGUUCAACACAAUAUCAACGAAUUCGACAAAGUUAUUAAAGUGUCAGUGGAUAUUGAUAAUUUGGCUCAGGGCUUACUGGAUACCUACAAACCGCCAUUAGAGCAAGUAGGAAAUGAAUUACAGGAAAUAUUAAAUAAACAAGAAAUACUGGACAAUAAAAUGCAAGUUGAAAAUCAACAUCUUACAGCCACUGCUGAAGAUGAUGAAUGUGCUGCUAUGUAUAUAACAGUACAAGCUUAUCAAGAAAAAUUGAGCCGAAUAAAGAGAGAAAUGGCUUUAAUCCAUGAAAGAACGACAAAACUAAAGAAACGUGCUAUUUAUUUACAGCAAGUAAAACAAAAGCAAGCUUUAGCCAAAGAACAAAAACGCGAAGAAGAACUUCGUAGAGAGCAAGAACUUAUUGGUAAACCUCCGUCAAUUUAA